CUAGAAAUAGCGCAACGGCUUAUUUCCUGCUAACCACCAACAAAUCCCUUGAAAUCCUAUCCCUGAGAAUCGACAGCAAAUCCUUUCAAUCGUCUUCUUCCGCGAUUGAUGGAAGUAUCAAAUUUCACUACUCUGUCAGGGCGGCCUGGGAUUAUCCGACCAACCUUUAUCAACAAUGUGAGUUGGUGUAAUAACAAGGAUUUUAGUAGCAUACCCUGUUCUUGUGUAAGUGGUUUUGGGGAAAAAGAUAAACUUUCCUUGCAGUCUUCUUGGAAGCAAUACAAAUUGGUUGCAAUCUGGAAACCUAAAAGAGAAAUGAAGCUCAAACAUUUUUCUGGUUCUCAUUUCAAUCAGCAAAAGGGAAUUCCUAUACCUUUGAGACACGCAUCUCCACAUUUCCCAAAACCAUGUCAAGUGAAAAGAGAAGAUUCGGAUAAAACCCUAAGCAGCGAAAGCAUCAUAUACGAUGAACAAACCCUAGAACAACAACUCCAAAUCGCCAUUCGCGAUGAAAACUACACCCAAGCCGCCAAAAUCCGAGACAACCUUAAACUCCUCCAAGAAGACAGCAAAACCGCUGUCUUAGCCGCCAAUUCCCGAUUCUAUAACUCAUUCAGAAACGGUGAUUUAGCCGCCAUGCAAGAACUAUGGUCAAAAAACGAAAACGUGUGUGUGGUGCAUCCGGGUGUUAGUGGGAUUUCGGGGUAUGAACUUGUGAUGGGAAGUUGGGAAUUUGUGUGGGCAGAUUAUGAGUUUCCAUUAUCGAUUGAUGUGAAGGAUGUGCAAGUUUUUGUGAAAGGUGAGAUGGGGUAUGUUACUUGUGUUGAAAUGGUUAGAACAACGGGUAAAAGUUGGGGAAGACAGUUUGCGACUAAUGUGUUUGAGAAGAUUGACGGGAGGUGGUGUAUGUGUGUUCAUCAUGCUUCUCAUGUUGAUUUGUGA